AUUUACAGAGUCUGCAAUGUCAAAAGGCAGAUUGGCAAUUCCACAAGCGAGCCUGCAAGACCAAUCGUGAGUAUCGUGAAGCUAUGGCUCUCCAGGAUGAGCUCGAACGUCUGGAGAGCUACGUCUCCGGAACGCGGCCGCGACCCUCGAGUCUCCAAGUAAACCAGGAGAUGGGCGAGUUCCUGAAGCGAUUCCGACCGGUGAUCUGCCAGGCGAGUUACAGGUGUUUCGGCGUGCAACAAGGCAACACGGACGCGUGGAAGCACAACGUCUUCGUUAUGCGUAUCGUGCGCAUGGAGGACCCGCCAGCCGACUCGAAGCCGUGGGCACGCUACCGCGUCUCGGACGCGAAGAGCGUGCCAAUUACGAAGCUCGUGCGCAAGAUAGGUGAAGACGCUCUCCGACCGACCCUCAAGCAGGGCGAAGUCUACCACGAGGAGAACGUGCGCGUCGGUUGCAUCGGUACGAUCAUGACCUUCCUUGAGUGCGUCAGUACCGGGCAUCAGAUACGGGUGGUGUCUUGGGCAGGAUACGGGCCCAACGCAUGGGAUGACGAUGUCCCCUGUGCAGAUUGGAAAACUUCGUUAAUCAAUGCGGUGGAAAAGGUGUCUUCGAAGGGACUGCAAUCUAAGUACGUGUCGAUCCAAUCAAGGUAUCGCCCAUCGUUUGACCAUUUCCUUAGGUAA